CCAGUCCAGUUCGUCAAAGGCUCAGUCCUUGUACCCCUCACCGUCGCUGCUGGUCAUGUCCUCCUCAGAUUCCGCACCUUCAUUCACGGACCGCGUGUCCGAGUUCGUGUCGGAAAAUAGGCGUGCCGUUAUCAUUGGUGGUGCCGCAGCUGCUCUCGCGCUCGGAGGCGCGCUCUACUACGCUUCGACCUCCCGCCCUGGUGGCUCGGACGCGGAAAAGGGGAAGAAAUCGAAGAGGGGAAAGAGGAGAGGCGUCAAUGAUGCUGAUGGGCCUUUGCUGGAGGAGAAAAAAUCGCGUGUUGAGGAAGAGGAGGCUGACACUCAGCUAACGGAUGCCCAAAUUGAUGCCAUGCCCACUGACGAACGCAAAAAGCUCGCUGCCACGCUCAAGAGCAAGGGUAACAACUGCUACAAUGCUCGCAACUUUGCAAAGGCUGUCGACAUGUACACUCAGGCUAUCCGCGUCACUCCUACCCCCGAGCCCGUCUUCUUCAGCAACCGCGCAGCAUCGUUCAUGAACAUGGAUCCUCCCCGACUCGAGCAAGUCAUACAGGACUGCGACAGCGCUCUCUCCCUUGACAAGAACUACGUAAAGGCCUUGAAUCGUCGCGCGACUACUCUUGAACGUCUCAGCCGAUAUGAAGAGUCACUCCGUGACUUCACCGCCGCGACUAUUCUGAACAAGUUCCAGGACGAGGCAGCGGCACAGUCCGUGGAGCGGGUGCUGAAGAAGCUUUCGAGCGAGAAGGCAGCUGCUAUCAUGGGUUCUCGCGAGAGGAGACUCCCAUCCUUCACCUUCGUUUCUGCCUACUUUGCCGCUUUCCGUCCACGCCCCCUUCCUACUCUCCCCGAGGACCCUACUACAGGGGACAACACGCUUAUCAUGGCUCUCCAAGCUCUCGAGGCAUCGAACUAUCCUCACUCGGUCACCCUUGUUAACGAAGCCAUCGAACAAGGCAUCUCGUUUGACGCGGGUCGUGCCGAGGCCCUUAACCUCCGCGGUACCUUCAAGUUCCUCAUGGGUGAUGUCGACGGCGCCAAGGAAGACCUCAGCGAGUCCAUCAAGCUCGUCCCCUCGUACACUCAGAGCUGGGUCAAGAUUGCAAGCGUUCACAUGGAACAGGGUGAUAACAAGACGGCGUUCGAUUGCUUCGAGGAGGCGAUCAAGCAUAACCCUGACGACGCUGACAUUUACUACCACCGUGGCCAAGUAUUGUUCAUCACCAACGAGUUCGAGCAGGCGGCGGAAAACUACACCAAGUCGACGUCGCUCGAGUCAAACUUUGUUUUCAGCCAUAUCCAACUCGCCGUCGCUCAGUACAAGAUGGGCAACGUCGGCAAGGCUAUGGCUACCUUCCGUUCGACGCUCACCGCCUUCCCCCAGCGCAGCGAGCCCCAGAACUACUAUGGCGAGCUUUUGCUUGAUCAGCAACGCUUCAAAGAAGCCAUCGAGAAGUUCGACCGCGCUAUCGAGCUCGAGCGUGCCAAGCCACCACCGAUGAACGUCCUCGCGCUCGUCAACAAGGGUCUCGCCGUCUUCCAGUCGACGCAGGACAUCGCCGCCGCCGAGGCGUGCUGCGUCGAGGCGCUCGAGAUCGACCCCGAGUGCGAACCCGCGGUGGCGACGCUCGCGCAGCUCAGCCUGCAGCAGAGCCGGAUUGACCGCGCGAUCGAGAUGUUCGCGCGCCAGACCGAGCUUGCGCGGAGCGAGAUCGAGCUCGUCAACGCGAUCACGUACCAGUACGCGUCGCGCGCGCAGCUCGACUUCGUAGAGAACUACCCCGAGAUGGCAAGCCAGCUCGCGGCGAUGUCGCGGGGGAUGAUGUAAAAGCUACACAUUUUUAUGUCGAACAAUCUCAAGCGUGAGUUGCGGGUGAGGACACGGAGGGAGGGUGGAGGUAUCGAACCAUCUCACAUAGGACGUUCUUAUAUUAUGCGCAAGACUGCAUCUCAUGCCACUAGGCGCUCGGCGUUGUUUCUUUUCCUGCUUUCCUUCUUUUGCUUAUAGUACACUUUUAAUUCUUACCUCUGUUGCUGCACGCUGUUUAUGCUUAUGCCAGCAAUAAACUACACAACACUGCUCAUUUAUGAAUCAAUGAUUAUG